AUGGAAGUUGACAAUCAAUUAAAGAAUAAUGAUAUUUUGAAAAGUUCAUUUCACAAAAAUGAAGACAAGGAACGUCCAAAAAAGAGUGUAAAGUUUGUAGCUCAGGAAAGAGAAAACAUAGAACAAGGAGGUGAAGCUAAACAAUCUUCAUUGGGAAAACAUUUACAUACCCAAGACGAAGAAUUACCAUUGGAAAAUGGUUGGAGUUUUUGGGAGGAUCAUUGUCACACUCAUCAUGGUGAAAUGGCUACUACAGCUCAAUAUGAAGCUUCUUUAAAAAAGGUUUCAUCUUUUUCAACUGUUCAAGGAUUCUGGAAAGAAUUUAAUAAAUUACCACAUUUAAUUAGUGUACCAAAUAAUAGUUGCUACCAUUUAAUGAAAGAAGGUGUUAGACCAAUAUGGGAGGACCCUGAAAACCAAGAUGGAGGUGUUUUAAUUUUAAAGAUUAAAAAGUUUAGAACUGAUGAAGUUUGGAAUGAAUUAUUAUUGACAGUGAUUGGAGAACAAUUUAGUGCUUAUUUGGACACUGACGAUGAUAUUUGUGGUGUAUCGAUUAGAAAGAAACAAGGAUUGGAUUUCAAUACCAUUCACAUUUGGAACAAGAAUUCAAAAGGAAAUUCACAAAUUGAAAGAGCCUAUAAACAUCUUUUACAACGUCUAAGUGAUGCUUGUAUCCAUUUAUAUUAUAGAGGUAUUGUUUAA